AUGUAUGAGAACUCCGUUCAAGGCUUAGUGGACUGGAGCAGAUAUUCUGUUAGCCGAGAAAGACAACUGAACCUCAGUUUUGAGUGUGCAUAUCCGAUCACCCAGACCGUUUCCACGAAGGAGGACAUCAUCCCACUGGCAAGAAAUGUUAAUGUGGAGCUGCCAGCAGGUCAGGGGACAUAUCAGGUCCAGAUGAUUCCGUAUCCGGAUCCUGAGUUUUCACAACCCUUUAACGGGAGUGUGGAUGCAAUUGUGGAUGAGCGACUCUAUGUGGCAGUGCAUGUGGAUGGGGUUGAUAGCAGUCAGGUUGCCCUGGUGAUGGAUACCUGUUGGGCCACUCCUGUGCGUGAUCCUACAUACAAUAUCAGCUGGGACCUCAUUGUUAACAGAUGUCCGAAUCCUGAGGAUGGAACAGUGGAGGUGCUGGAGAAUGGUGACUCCACAACUGGCCUUUUCUCCUUCAGAAUAUUUACAUUCGUGGGAAAUUUCUCUCAGGUUUUCCUGCACUGUAAAACUCACAUAUGUCUUCUCAAGGACAACAGCUGUACUCUGAUGCUGUGGAUGUGCAGUUCCCAACAGCUGUGA